CACCAGUUUUACACUGAACGCGGUUACUGGUACUACACAGUCUAUCUUGCGCGCACUAUCCCACUACACCAGUGCGACUUCAGACUACACAUACAACGCUGCAGUGUUGCAGGUACUACUACAGUGGUUAUAUUUUCUCUCUUACACACACACGCGCGCGCGCCGGGUCGCAUCGUAUCGUUUUCAGUUGUUUUCCGUCGCCGCACGUUAUUUAUUUUUCGAAUAAAAAACAGUAUUCAUUCCGUCGCGUCCGAAAGACGUUUAACGUUGCGAUACGAGAAAGAGAGGCAGUCAGUCAGCCAGCCAACCAGCCAGCGACCGAGUGAGAGGCAACGGAGCGGUGUUCGGCGGCAACUAUCCCGGCCGGCAGACCUGAGCAUUUCAUUGGAAACGCGGUUAUCGCGGUAUCCGUCGGAAGCGCGCGCGCGUUACUACUGAGUAACCACCGCCGCUUGUCCGGGUGACAUACGCACCGCACACGCACUCACGCACACACACACACACACUCGCCGCGUCAGGAGCAACGCGUCGUAUACCACGCCAAACGUGUCCGUUAUUGAAUUUCUCGUCGACGUAACACCGACAACAUAACCAAAAUGGCUGAUCAACUAACAGAAGAACAGAUUGCCGAAUUCAAAGAGGCAUUUUCGCUAUUCGACAAGGAUGGAGAUGGCACCAUUACCACCAAAGAACUUGGAACCGUAAUGAGGUCUUUAGGCCAAAAUCCGACUGAAGCUGAACUCCAAGAUAUGAUUAACGAGGUCGAUGCUGAUGGCAACGGCACGAUAGAUUUCCCAGAGUUCUUGACUAUGAUGGCUCGCAAAAUGAAGGAUACCGAUAGUGAGGAAGAAAUUAGAGAGGCUUUCCGUGUAUUUGAUAAGGAUGGAAAUGGCUUUAUUAGUGCAGCUGAGCUACGUCAUGUGAUGACUAACCUUGGAGAAAAGCUCACCGAUGAAGAGGUUGAUGAGAUGAUCAGGGAAGCUGACAUUGAUGGUGAUGGUCAAGUCAACUAUGAAGAGUUCGUGACCAUGAUGACUUCUAAGUGAAAUGUGUUUCAAUAUUAAUUAUUAUUAUGUAAUUUUUUAUCAUAAUUUUUUUUUUUCAAAAAAAAAGGAAGAAAUUAACCUGCAUUUUUUUUUUUUUGUUCGAGUAAGCUUUAAAAAGAUAAUGUGAUUAUCAAGAAGUAAACAAAGAUUAAUUAUCUUUUUACCACAUGUGGAACUCUGUGAACUUUUUUUUGUGUUGAGAUAUUCGUUAUACUAUCAUCUAUAUGGUUAAUUUUUUUUUCAAUUUCACCAAAAUCAGUUCUUUUGUUUGGCAGUGAAUCUGCCGUGUAAAUUUUGUAAAAAAAAAAAAA